UCAGAAACCAAUGACAAUGGUUCUCCUGUCAGGAGACUUAGGAGAAAGUCAAGCAUAGUCCAUUCAAAGAAUAUAGCCGACAGAAGGUUUUGGAACAAGCACGCCCAUCUUCAGAAGGAACUCGGUAGCUUUACAAAGGAUAUUGGAAAAGUUGAACCUGAUUAUAUUAGGUCCUUCCAGUUUGAAGACAAACUGAUCCCGUCAACAUGGGUUGUAGUUAGGAUCGAUGGUUGCCAUUUCCACAGGUUUUCUGAAGUUAAUGAAUUUGUGAAGCCGAAUGAUGAGCAAGCUAUCAACCUUAUGAAUUCUUGUGCAGUGGCUGUUUUAAAAGAGUUCCAAGACUUGGUUUUAUCUUAUGGAGUCAGUGAUGAAUACAGCUUUGUUUUGAAGAAGGAUUCUCAAUUCUGUCAAAGGCAAGCCAGUGAGAUUGUUUCUGUUCUUGUGUCAUUCUUCACUUCCAUGUACGUUAUGAAAUGGAAAGAUUUCUUCCCGCGGAAAGAGUUGAAGUACCCUCCUUGUUUUGACGGGCGUGCUGUCUGCUGUCCGUCAUAUGAAUGGAGACAAGUCGAUUGCCACAUUAACAACCAAUACAAUACUUGUUUCUGGGAGCUUGUUAAGUCUGGAAAAACAAAAACUGAAGCUCAGAACGCCCUAAAGGGUACUCAAACAGGAGACAAAGAGAAAUUGCUUAGGCAAUUUGGUAUCGAGUACAACGAAUUACCGGUCAUGUUCCGCUGUGGAUCCUCUGCUUUCUGGGGCACCACAAGGAUAGACAAAAACGGAGAAUGUAAUGGGAAUUCUGGGAAAAGAGUUGUUGUAGAACAUUGUACUAUUAUUGAGCCAAGCUUUUGGGAUGCACUCCCAACAAAUCUUUCUGGGUAACUGCUCAUGCCGCCAAGCAAUGGGGGUCCAUUUUUUUAGCCAUUGAACGUUCUACUU